AUGUCCGCUCCACGAACCGCAAAACGGCAGCGGAGGCUUGUCGUCCUCUCCUCGGACGACGAGAAGGUUAACAAUGGCACUCAAAAUCAUGAGAAUGUAAAGAAAGAUGAGGAAGGGGAAGACGAUGACUAUGUUGAGUCUGGACGGAGGAGAAAUUUUCAAUUGAAAGAAAGAAUUAACCGAGGUGUGAAGAGGAAGAUUACACCAGUGCCGAAAGGAAAAGUUGCGUGCCCAUCGAGGACGGAAGCGUCUACGACCAUUCCUGCGGUUGCUGUUGCUCCCAAACUGAUAACAAAUACGCUUCCUACAUGCUUGCUGCAGAAGCAGACACAGAAGUGCACCCAGAAACCGUCCAGUUCACAGCAAAAGCGACCGGGCCAGCCACGCUCCUUACAGACGACUCACGGCUCAUCUCCUGAGAAGAAGAGGGGGAAAAACCCCCACAAUCGCCCGGAGGAACCUUCAAAAUCGUUGCAUUCAUUUUUUGCUAGGGCCACGGAGGAGGAGAGGUGGAGUAGGAAGAAGGACAGCGAUGGCCUUGGUGCAGGAGUGGAGAGCAGUGUCACCGAGGAAACAGAUCUUGUGGAAGAAAUUGAGGACGAUGACAAGGAGGAAGAGAUAGUGGAUUUCAUUGAGGAUGAUUCAUAUGAGGAGUUAUUUGCAAGUCAUAUUUUCAGCAGUGGGGGCGGGAACCGGGUGCAAGGGGGUAACAAGACAGGCUUGCACCUGGAUCGGAGGAAAGCGAAUGAUAUCAAGGGUCGACAGCACAUAGAUACAACGAAUUCUACGAGCGGGCUUGGGAGGCGAUUUCUGCUUCCUGGUGGGACUGCAACUGCUGAGCCAAGCCGGGCCCGCGACUCUCCUUCGCCCACUCAAUUGUUCACGAGGGGGAUACGCCCAUGGGCGGAAGAAUAUGCGCCAACCAAUCUCGAUGAGCUGGUGGUUAAUAAAAGAAAGGUUUCAGAUGUGCAGAAGUGGGGCCCAGCUGGCAGCGGGAAAUCAAGCACGAUAUCGCUACUUUCCAACACCAUUGGGUUCGAGAUAGUUGAGUGGAGGAGCCCAUCGGGCUCAGAAUUUUCGUCUCAAGGAUAUGUAUCUAUGGGAGCCCAAUUCGAAGAUUUCCUUGGAAGAGGUGAUAAGUUUGGAAGCCUUUUUUUGAGUGACGGCGGGCAAGAGCCGUCGCAGUCGGCAACACAUGGAAAUGCGGAACCUCUCAAUACUAGUACUAUAGAAAAGAGACGUGUUAUUCUUGUUGAGGAAUUCCCAAGCUCCUUGAACCAGAGCUCAUCCGGCUUGCGGGCGUUCAGACUUGCUUUGCAGAGUUACUUGGUGACAGCGACUCCUCGGCAACCGUUCGACAACCAAUUCAUUCGAGACACUAAUAUAUCAAGCCCCCCUCUCAUUAUGAUCGUUUCGGAAACUAUGCUGGGCUGGGGAGGUAUUUCCUCUGACAGCUUUACGGUACAUAGAUUGCUCGGCCCUGAAAUUUCGAGCCAUCCUAGCGUGAGUAUAAUCGAUUUUAACAGGGUAGCGCCAACCUUCAUGGCCAAAGCUAUCGACCUGGUUCUGAAAAAGGAAGCUCGUCGAUCGAAGAGAAAGAGAGUUCCGGGACCCGAGGUUUUAAAGGCAUUCGCGCAAAUGGGAGACAUAAGGAGCGCGAUUUCUGCGUUGGAGUUUAUGUGUUUGCGAGGUGAAGAGAAUACAAAUUGGAGUGGAACUGUAGCUGGUCGCAUGAAAAGGUCUAGUAAAGGUGGCAUACCUCUUACGUCAAUGGAAAAAGAGUCACUAGAAACGGUUACUAAAAGGGAGGCUAGCCUGGGUAUAUUCCAUGCGGUGGGUAAGGUGGUGUAUAAUAAACGUGAAGAUCCUACGAUUUCGCACGGACUCAACCCUCAGCUGCCCCAACCUCCACGACAUCUUCAACCUUAUGCGCGACCCAAGGCUUCCCUAGUCUCAAUCGAUGAUUUAAUCGAUGAGACAGGAACAGAUCUCCAAACAUUUAUUGCAGCGCUACAUGAAAACUACUUACUCUCUUGCACUGGCCCAGCUUUUGCGGACCAUUUUGAGAAGUGCAUUUCGUACUUAUCAGAAACGGACAUUUUGGGGCCUAGCAGCCGAUUUCACAACACGCAGACAAAUCGAGGCGGAGUUGGUUUGGCGCGUUCCUCAUAUCAGGGUUUUAGUUCCAGCAUCGACAUGCUCCGCCAAAAUGAAAUUAGCUUUCAGGUAGCUGUACGGGGAUUGUUGUUCUCUCUGCCUUUCCCUGUCAAAAGGAAGGCUCCAACAGGUAUGCGAGCAGGCGACGCUCAUAAGAUGUUCUUCCCGACCUCGAUGAGACUUUGGAGGCAAAACGAAGAACUGGAUGGGCUGUUGGAUUUGUGGAUGCGUCGGCUCACAGAUCCUACAAUGGGCAUAUCCUCUGGAACAACUAUUCCACGGCUGGACGGCGUGGAAUCGUGGAAGAAUCACCGCUGGGUGGAUGGAUCCGCUGAGGAUACAUCUGCGUACCCAUCACAUGCGGCUCGAGCAAUGAUCUCUCGUGAGGAAAUUCUUCUGGAGCGCCUACCGUACUUGAGCUUGAUUUCUCGAAACCCGCUGGAACGUAGGGAAUUAGAAAAAAUCACCCAAUUCUGUGGGGUUGGUGGACCAAGUGAGGAAGAGUUUGUCGAUGUUGGUAUAGAAGAUACCUCCUAUGGUGGCGGUUCUGCGAUGGACCCCUGGAGUGCACCUGCAGAUAAGGAUGUCUUUUCGCCGCAGAAACAGAGACCGGGGAUCAAGCAGGGCCAGGUACCUGCGAGUAAGCCCUUUGCGCCCCAACUUGCAAUUCCAGUUCAGGAAGCAGUUGAGAAGUUGGUGCUUAGUGACGAUGAUAUAGAGGAUGAGUGA